AUGGAAUGGAUGUGCGAGUUCACCCUUGAGUAUAUUCUUGGGGUCCUCAGUUUGAGCUGCUAUUUCCGGUUAACGGACUGGCUUGUCUCUGAGCUGGAGGAGGCUCUGGUUUAUGGAAACUUACCUGAAUACACCAUUCAGAGUGAGGGCAUGUUUCAGCACCAGAGAAAUAUGAAAACCUGUCCCAUGGACAUGGGGUUGAAGCUGGAAAUUGUGAUGCCCUUUUUGGGCAAAUACCGGCCAUUUGUUGGACGCUGCUGCCAAAAGUGUACUCCAAAGAGCUGGGAAUCCUUCUUCCACAAGCACCUUACGUCACUAGGAUUUUGCAAUGUAAUCAAGAUAACAGAAGAAAAUACAAGGUACAGAGGCUGGCUGGUAAGGAGACUCUGCCAUUUCCUUACGGUGUGUGACUGGAAGCUUUGUGCUGAAUCCACCAACGAUCUUCAGCAAAGGAUCUUUCACAACCAGAGAGUACAAGAUGUUGUGUCUCAGAAGGUGCCCCAGGGCAAGGGGGAUGCGCCGGUGGCCAGCAUGUCUGUAGAACAGUGGAUGAGAGAAGUCCACAGGAUCCUCUGCCAGAUACAAGCCUCUCUCUCUCCUUUCCUACUGAGGCUCAGCCACUGGGCUCUGCUAAAACUCCUGAAUUGGAUGUUCCUCAAUGUGAUACUCCACAAAGGGCAGCUGGAGAUGGUGCGCAAGGCUGCACAGGUGCCUGAUGUUCCAAUGGUUUUCCUGUCAACCCAUAAAUCUCAACUGGAUGGGCUGUUGCUUCCAUUUGUCCUAAUCUCUCAGGGCCUAGCCAUGCCCAGAGUGGCCUGGGGAUACAAAGCUGUCACUCCAAAGUACAGGACCCUGCUGACUCGCUUAGGAGGGGUGUUUCUGCCGCCUGGAGUGGAGCAGGCAUGGGACAGUGAACAAGGAGCGCUCUCCAGAGCUGUUCUAGCUUCAUAUGUCGAGGAGCUGCUUCACAGCAAGCAGCCGCUGUUGAUCUUCUUGGAAGAGGCCUUCUCUGGUGCGCAGCAGCUCUCUGUCUCCAGCAGGGAGUGGCUGAGCCUGGUGGUCAGCGUUUUCCAUGCAGGCACCUUCCCUGACGUUAUGGUGGUGCCCCUAGGAAUCUCCUAUGAUGCGGCCCCUGAUUUGAUUCACAGGGGACAAAUGAGCCGAAGCCAGGCCACUGGUCCCUGGGCGUUCCUCUGGACCCUCUGCCGAGCUGCAUGGCGAGGAUCGAGCUGCGUCCGUGUUGAUUUUGCUCAGCCCUUCUCUUUGCAGGAGUACAUAACAAACAACUUCUUCAGACAAAGCUGCUCCAAAAAGUGUCUGGAGGAACUCCUCUUGCCGGAAGUACUUGGCAAAUGCCCCAGCAUGCUGGAUUGUGAGAAAUUGGAAUGCUGGUCGUCAGGCUCCCAAGGUAUCGUAGCGCUGAGCAUCGAACAACAAACCUUGGUGGACAGUUUGAGCCUGCAUUCUCUGAGCGCUAGUGUAUCCUGCUCUGCCAUCACAGCUGUGGAGAUUAUGUCUUCACUACUGCUGCACAAACACCAAGAGGGGGUCUUCCUUUCCCAGCUGAUGCAGGACUUUGUCUGGCUCACUGAGGAGAUCCUACUGCGCAACUAUGACGUGGGGUUCUCCGGACGGGUGCGAGAUGUGGUGCUUCAUGCCCUUUCCCUGUUGCGUCGCUGCGUCUCCCUCCACCGCCUCUCCCUGGGGGAUGUUCUGGUGUCUCCCAAGAGGACGGAGGCAGCCGUGUUGGAGUUGAGUCAGCACAGCGCUGCCCUCCUGCCUGUUUUCCUCCCGGAAGCCGUGGGGGCCUGUGCUGUCAACGCCCUCCUGGUGGAACUGCUGCCUUACCUGGGAAGCCCUGAGCAGCUCAGGGAUGUUGUCCUGGUCCAGGAAGAGCUGCAUAACAAGACCCUCUUGCUGGUCCAGCUGCUGCCGAGAGCUUUCCUCCUGUGCAAGCCUUGCCAGUCUAUGGAUUACUACUGCCAGGUUGUCAUGGACAAGCUCAUCCAGUGUGGGUUAUUGGUAGCUGAGGAGGUGCCCGGCGACCUCUUUGCCUGUGACACAGGCCAGAAGCGCUUCACCAAGAAACUGCUGUGGAAGGUGGCAGAUGACUUUGGCGACAGCGACAGCGACUACGGCGAAGAGGCUGAGAAGCGCUGCUUCAAGAUAAGCCAGUUGGAAAGCGGCUGCAGCUUAUUUGUGUUCCUCUGCUGUCUUCUGUCCCCUUUGCUGAAGACUUUGGAUCGAGCUGCUGGCUUCCUCGGGGCUUUGGAGAGUCCUCAGCCAGAGUCAGAGUUCCUGGAGAAGCUGCACCAGUUCCUGUUGAGGAAGGCAAAAGAGGACUAUUCCUUUGAAUGUGCUAACUGGACCCUGACUACCCUCUCUGUCCACAUCUGUAAGGACCUGGGGGUGCUGAGGCAGGUGGGAGGGCAAAGGGAGCCCAUUCUCCACCUCUCCAAGAUGUUCAGUAGCAAAGAGAACCAAGACAAUCUGGUGAAAUUUAUACGUCAGUUUAUCUACAACUAG